CACACACACAGUUUUGCACUGGUUAAGGGGGUCCUUUACUGAAGUGUUUCUAAAAGCGCAGCAAUUAGUCAAUACAAGAACAUUUAGCCUGCUUUGAAUUAGAAAUGUUACACUUCAAUCCUUAACCUUAUUAUAAAUAACACAAAAGUUGUUGUGUUCUUACAGAAUCAGCAACACUGUAACCAACAGUGCGACAGUGUAAUCUGUUGAUCUGCUCAAGUCUCCAGCCUUAAAUCUCCCUCACUUAGUCCUCGGGAUGCCUUCAGAGGAAUAAUGACGACUUGUCUCCUGAAACUCUGCAGACUUCUCUGCUGUGCACUGACUCUACCAUUAGCCCUGAUGAAGCUGACGGGCCUGUGCGGCGUUUACAAACGCCUCUUUCCCUUCCUUGCCUAUAACAUCACGUUUUCAUACAACGCCAGAACGCACGAGCUCAAGAGGGAGCUCUUCAGAAACGUGGCCAGCUUCGCGAGCAGCGACGGGACCCUGCGCCUGCUGGAGAUCGGCUGCGGCAGCGGGGCGAACUUCAGGUUCUACCCCGGCGGCUGCACGGUGACCUGCACCGACCCCAACCCGCACUUCAGCAGCUUCCUGCGCCGGAGCAUGGCCGACAACACGCAUCUGACCUAUGAGGAGUUCAUGGUGGUGUCAGGGGAGAACAUGGAGGAGGUGCAGGGCGAGUCUGUUGAUGUUGUGGUGUGCACGUUGGUCCUCUGCUCCGUCAGGGACGUGCGGGAGGUGCUGCAGGAGGUGCGACGCAUCCUCAGACCUGGCGGAGCCUUCUUCUUUUUGGAACAUGUUGUCUCAGAUCCGUCUUCAUGGACAUACUUCUUUCAGCAUGUGCUUGAACCUGUGUGGUACUACCUCGGGGAUGGGUGCAUGAUCACCAGAGCCACAUGGAAAGAUCUAGAAGCCGCUGGUUUCUCUGAACUUCACUUAAAACAAGUUGAGGCUCCAGGGGUGACAUCAUUGAUAAGACCACAUAUCAUGGGUUUUUCCAUCAAGUGACUGCAGGGGAGAAUGGACACCUCCGUUUGCCAUUUUUUAAGGCGUCUAUUCUGUAGUAUUUUUACUCAAAGCGCAGUUAUACACAGUACAAGAAUAUUUAGAGCCCGACUUUUGUCAUCAUAAACCCUCAUGACAAAGAAGUGUAAUUGAGGGCUGACAUUUUACACUUCAAUCAUAAACCUUGUUAUUAAUAACUACAAAAAACAUAUAGAUUUAACUUGAAUUUAGAAAGUUAACACAUGUUGAUGUGUAUCAGCAAACAUAAACAAUGAUAGAUAAAAAAAAAUGGUCAGACUUUCCUUCCUUCUAAACCAUAAUACAUAUGUUUGUAACUACCUCAUAAGAGUCCAACCUCCACCUGUAGGUUUCACAUUAUAUAUACAGAGCAAGUAAAAUGUUAUAUGUUGGCAACGGAAGCCCUGUGUUCAACCCUGUGUCUGAAUGAGAUCUGUUGGCACUUACAAUCAAUCGAAUUACAUUAUCCACACUACAAAUUUUGAGUGAAAAUAUAUUUAUUUUCUUACAGAAUCAGCAACAUUUCAUAAACAGUUUGUUCUUCUUCCCCAUCCCUCCCAAGAUGCACAAAAUAAAUAUUACCUGGACACUGUGCUUUUUCCCUGAUUGUCUAAGUAACUGCCAAGAAACCACCAAACAAACAACACUCGACGUCAAAAUUACUCUUACCCUUGAUAUUCCAUUGCACAAAAAUAAGGAAUGAAAAUUGUAAUGGAGAGAUACAGGGAAUUGUUGGUUCAUAAAAUAAAACAGGAAUUGUGUCUGUGUAGUAAUUAUACAGGCAAUACUCUGCAGAUGCUGUUAAAAAGAAAAAAGAUAUAUCCAACAGUAACAUUUUAAAAACAAGAGAAAAGGAAGGGAUACAUUUUGAAACUGAGACUUAAAAGUUAAAGCUCAGGAUUUCAUACCUCCCAGUAUUAAAAAUGUACACAACUAUAAAUGUUAUAGAAUUAGCAAAUUUAGUAAAAAACCGCAGGUGGAAAAAAUGGCCAAUUUCUUUUUCAUUUUUCAUUUGUUGAGUAUAUCUCACUGUGAUCACUUUCGUAUCAAACAGAGUAAAAAAACUGGAGGAUCUCAGCUUGAAAUGAAGUGUUCCCAGAAACCCCAACAUGUCCGAAUGGCUGAGCUGUGUGCUGCCACAUCUCAAUGCUUGACCUGCAUUCAGACAGGUUAUCCCGUUUUAACACAAUAAAGGUCCUUUAAUGUUUUCA